AUGGAAAAAGCUGCUCAGAACCCGCCUGGAUAUGCGCAAGCUACCCAGCCUCAACCUGAACCUCAACCUCAGUACCAGCAGCCAAUUCAAGAUCAACCGCCCGCGGGAGCUUACACCGAUCACCCCCACCCACAUCCUCACCCGCACUCACACGCUCAUAUGCAUGCUCCCUCGGCCUACGGCCAACAAGGCGGAGAAUGGCAGGCCAGCCUUUGCGACUGCUCACCAUGCACAAGCUGCUUGUUAGCUUGGUGUCUACCUUGCCUUCUGCUCGGUCAGACCUCUGAGCGGAUUAGGGACCCCUCCAUGCAGACAGCGGACAUGAUGAAUAGCGACUGCAUGAUCCAUGGUCUCAUAAACUGCUUCACUGGCUGUGGAUGGAUCUACGGAAUGAUGAAGCGAUCCGAGAUUAGGGAGCGCUACAAGAUCGAGGGCAGCGGCUGCAACGAUUGCUGUGUGAGCUUUUGGUGCUCCUGCUGCGCCCUUAUCCAGCAAGACAACGAAGUCAAGAUCCGCCAACGCAACGCCCAGCCCGUAGAUCAGGGCUACCAGUCCCAACCCGCUAUGCAGGUGCCUGUACCAGCGCCCGCACCUGCUUACCAACCCUAA